AUUGCUAAAUUUCUUAAUUUUAAUUUUAAUAUCACUGAAGAUGUCGAAUUUAAAUGACUCUAAAUUAAACCUCACUCAAACUUCAUUGCUGUUUGAUCGAGAUGCACCAGUGAAGACAUUUUUGACUGUGACCCCAUGUGUUAUUUUCCUCUAUGUCAACGGGGUCAUGCUUUACACCUUGAGGAAAAAGGCUGUUUUCCAGGAGACGUCUCGCUACAUUUUGUUCGGUCACAUGCUUUGGCUUGACACGCUCAAUCUGUUUAUGAGUGUAGUGCUGUUUGUUUGUGCAGUUAGUAGGAUUUUUAUUAUGAAAAAUGUCUGUCUCAUUCUUUUGGUUGCUGCAACGGUUCUUUUUCAGGUUUCAACCCUAAAUCUGGCUUUAAUGUCACUGGAAAGAUAUGUGGCCAUAUGCUUUCCUCUCAGGCAUGCAGAUUUCACCACUUAUAAAAAAACUAAAAUGGCCAUUGCUGUUGUCUGGAUGAUAGGGUUAAGCCAAUGCUUGUCAGAAAUUAUUAUCUUCUGUACUAUUGAUUCAACAAACACGGCAAUGAAUUUGUUCUGCUCAAGAACAACUCUUUUCAGACAGCAGGUAUAUAAAACACUGGAUAUAGCAUUCACUUGUAUAUAUUUUGUGACGGUGUGUUUUACUAUAAUAUUUACUUAUGCCUCUAUUGCAGUUGUGGCUAAAACAGCCUCCUGUGAUAGGAUGUCAGCUAAAAAAGCCAAUAAGACUGUACUUUUACAUCUAAUACAAUUGUGUCUUGGUUCUGUAUCCCUUUUAAUUGGUGUCAUCCAAGAGGCCAUGUAUGUUUAUAUUGACUAUAUGACUAUGGUACACAUAAUGUAUUUUUGCUUUGUGGUCUUUAUAAUUUUCCCAAAAUGUCUAAGUCCUCUUAUAUAUGGCCUGAGAGACCAAGCUUUUAGCUGUUUAUUUAAAUACUACUUCACGUUUGGUCUCAAAAGGCAAAAUAGUUGUCAUACAGAGAAACAUUUAGUUUCAGAGGAUGUAAAGAACAAUCUUACACAUAAUUUUCUCAUAGCUACAUAA